AUGGACAUUGUCGCGUCCCCUACGUCCACGGAGGCGGAAGAAGCUUCAGCUCGCCGCUUUCCACCUAUAAUCGCUCGGCGACCUGUUGGUGGACGCCCACAAUCACAUGCUGACUACCCUGCCGCUCCGGACCAACCUUCCACCUUUACAAAACCCCCCGUCGUCAAACACCUGUCAACCCCAGAGUACUCCAGUCCGCUUCGUCAUCACCGUCGCAGUCCCUCCGCCCCCAAAUAUGUCAAGGAAUCACUCAAUGCUCGAUCUGAGUAUGUGACCAGCCAUGAUGACGGUGUUGCAGAACACCGAAUCAAUCAAUAUGUUAUCAAACAAGAGAUUGGGCGGGGUUCUUUUGGCGCCGUGCAUCUCGCAGUUGACCAAUUUGGCACUGAAUAUGCCGUCAAAGAGUUCUCAAAAGCACGACUGCGAAAACGUGCCCAAUCACAUAUCCUUCGGAAACCCUUGAAUCAGCGCCGACGAGGUGCCCUGCAGGGUUUCAAUUCUCCUCUCCAUCGGACAACCCCCGAAGAGCAAAGUCAAAAGAUCAACUCGAUUGAUCUUAUCAAAGAAGAAAUUGCCAUCAUGAAGAAACUCAAUCAUCCGAAUCUGGUAUCACUGAUCGAAGUUUUGGAUGAUCCAACAGAAGACUCCCUCUAUAUGGUGAUGGAAAUGUGCAAGAAAGGCGUGGUCAUGCGGGUCGGUCUUGAAGAGAGAGCAGAUCCAUAUCCUGACCACGUCUGUCGUUAUUGGUUUCGAGACCUAAUCUUGGGCAUUGAAUAUCUACACGCUCAAGGUGUGGUUCAUCGAGACAUCAAACCAGACAACUGUUUAGUCACAGACGAUGACGUCCUCAAAGUCGUUGACUUCGGGGUAUCAGAAAUGUUCUCCAAGGAUUCUGAGAUGCAGACUGCCAAAUCUGCGGGCAGUCCCGCCUUCCUUCCCCCCGAGCUCUGUGUUGCUCGCCAUGGUGAUGUUUCCGGUCGAGCUGCUGAUAUAUGGUCUAUGGGUGUGACCUUGUACUGUCUCAAGUACGGCAAAAUCCCCUUUGAAAAGACGGGCAUUUUCGAGCUCUACGAAGCAAUCAAAUCCGAUAUUCCAGAUUUGGAGAGCGAAAACGACCAAGAUUUCAGAGACCUGAUGACCAGGCUGUUAGAGAAAGAUCCUGCGCAACGAAUCAAAAUGCCAGAGCUGAGAAAUCACCCUUGGGUUACGCAGCGAGGUGCAGAUAAACUAUUGUCAGAAGAAGAAAACACCUCCGAUCUUGUCGAGCCGCCUACUGCCAUCGAAAUGAAUGCCGCAAUCACCAAUAACAUAGGUAACUUGAUGACUGUGAUGAAAGCCGUCAACAAAUUCAAAGGGCUACUGGACAAGAACAAACCACCACCACUGAAAUCGAUUCUAGGAGAGGGUGCAGAUGCCCAUUUCUCUCACCCACCUGCAAGUAUACCCCCGCAGGACCACAUUUCCCUUCCUCCCAAAUCUCACAGCUUUACGUUUGGAGCCGGCGACGCGCAGGUUGAUGGUGGGAAAGAGAACCUCCGUCGUGACUUGCAGAAAUUACACAUUCAACCCGUACCAACAUUAAGUAUUGAUGAUACGACAAUCGCUGGGCCAGCACGGUCUGCCACUUUCAACAGCGAAACAAGCACCGACUCUGACGAUGCCAUGUCCAAGUUGCGCAAUGUUGCAGACACAGAUCUGCUAGAUCCUUCAAAGCUACCCCCCUUUCGCUCUAAUCAGCGACAUGCAGUUACGGUGGAUGAGAUUGGGAAUCGUGGGCACGCCCGCGAUCCUUUGGAGGAACAAUUAUUCCUCUACAUCGGACCAUCGACAUUUUCAGGCACCAGCUCGAAUACUGAAUAUGACAAUGGCUUUAUGCCUGAUGACGACAGUGGCCCUAUAGUCAGUGAAAGCCCCGGCGCAGCCGACAUGGACAUUUACGAGACCGCCUACCGUGACGAGAUUGAACGAAUCAUGGCUCGGGCCAAAGAGCAGAACAAGGAACCGAAUGUCUACCUUACACGCCGUGUAGAUGCUAAACUGAUGUCAAUCAGCGGUCUCGCGGGUAAGUGGGCUGCAAUGGGCGAAGAAGCAAAGAAUCAGUUCAAAGAUUAUACACAAUUCUCGACGCGUAAAGCACGAGUGACUGAAGUCAGUCGAGCACUUCGGCAAGCAGCCCGCGAAGAGUAUGAGAAACGAAAACAAGAGCGCCGAGAAUGGAUUGCCACAGAAAAGAUACGACGGGCUGAAGGACAAGACCCAGCCAAAGCAGCACCGUCGCCUCGGCCAUCACUGAGUGAAGUAGAUUCAGGCAACAGUCUUCCGCUAUCACCUGGUGCAAGAUCUCCAUCAGUCUGGAAAGGUAAGGCUGUAGAUAAGGGAAGACAGGCAAAAACAUCGAUUCGAGGACUCGUGGAUACGCUCAAGAGUCGCACCAGAUCGAAAGACGAGGAAGGCUAA